UUCAAGCCUUGUCGAAAUCCUGUGAUUGCGAUGGUGGAGGAGACGACCUCGAAGACGGGCUGAGUGAGGGGAGCUUCACGCCGUAUCCACCGAGCAGCCACCCUCACCCCCCGCCUGCGACGACGAAACACUGGAAAAUAGGAGGAGGGUGUUGAAGACCGAAGGAACGAAAGAGGGGGGAAAGGAAAGAGGAAAAAGACAGAAAUCCCACAAAAUGGAAAUGCUCGCGCGCCGGACGGCCAUGGCCGAGCGCCAGGUGGCCCGCCGCCUGGCCCGCCGCGCAAAGGUCGACGAGCGGCCACCGCGGUACCCGCCGCGAGAGCUGCGUGAGGAGGCGUCGUACCGGCUGGCCAUGGCGCGCGUGGCGCGGCGCGAGGACUGGCACCUGGGCCCCCUGGCCCCGCGCCGCGACGUCGGCGAGGCCCACGCCGCCGCCUCGCUGCCGCGCGCCCGGAAGCCGCUGUACCACGAGGGGCGGGCCCGCACGAGCGGCAAGAAGCUGUCGCUGCCGUCGUGGGGCAGCAUCGACCGCGAGGCUGCCAACCUCACCUUCAAGCCGCUCGACUGGCAGCUCGAGGAGCGCUGGGCCUGGGCCGGCGGCCGCAGGUACCCCUCGGUCGUGCCCGGCGACCGCGUCUUCGUCAUGGACGGUCCCAACAAGGGCGACAUCGGCAAGGUGGAGAGCGUCGAUGAGAGUAUGGGCACGCUCAAGAUUGAGGGCAUUGGAAUUGUCAACGUUCAAAUCCCCGAGUUCCUCCGCCACAAGGCCAACGGGAACAGCACCGCGCCCUACCACUCCAGCCUCCCCGUCUCGGCCGUCCGCCUCGUGCACCCGAUGCGCGACCCGGAGACGGGCGAGACGCGCGACGUCGUCAUCCGCGAGCUUGUCGCUCGCGACCGCGUCUACGACCGCCCCACGGGCCGCCGCGAGUGGAACCGCAUGGUGCCCGGCCUCAACGUGCUCAUCCCCUGGCCCGAGCGCGCGCGCGAGGAGCACGAGGACCAGCCGUCUGACACGCUCCGCAUCGAGGUCGAGAAGCGCACCUACGUGCCCACCCUCUCGGCCCCGCCCAUGCCCGCCGCCGUCGUCGACGAGCUGCGGAACCGCUUCUCCAAGUUCAGGACCAGGCACACGGACGAGUACGUGGCCGCGAAGCAGGCCGAGGUCGACGCCAAGAAGGCGCGCGCCGCCGGCCUGGCCGACACCAUGCUCACCCCGAUCCAGGAGUACAACCGGGUCCAGCGCGAGCGCAGGGCCGCCACGCCCCCGCCUGUGCUGACCGAGGCCAUGCUGGAGAAGAUCGGCGAGGUCAUGGAGAGGAACAGGACCAGGGCCGCGGCCGCGGCCGAGCACUUCCAGGACGUCGCCGCGCCCCUCCCCGCGGACCUGCCGGCCGCGAGCCAACCGCCCCCGUCAUAGGCGUUGUCUGCGCUGGGUUGCUGUACAUAAUGUUGUAAAAACAAUACUCAAAAAACUACCGCGUCACGACGUUCCGAUUGUGUAUAGAGGGUACCCAAAACAAAACAAAAGCCACGAAGCAUUUGCUCUAUGUCCUCUUUUCUUUCGUAUCAUUUUCUCCCAGUGAAACAUGUCC